AAAAUUAUACGCUAAUCAUUAACAUAAAUAUCCUUUUUGAUAAUCGUUCAUUUUUAUGGCUCCUAAAAGUUGAGGCGAUGGGAUCUUCUCUUUGCUCGCUAUUUGUGGGUGUUAAAAGACUGACAAGCGAAUCGAUGAAUUCACUUCAUUUUUGCAACAUUAUACAUUUGUGUUAUAACUUCAUCAAUGCUGAAAAGCCUUUUUUGGACUUAUUGUUACCAUUGCCUAAAGAUCACUAUGGUUCCCACGUGAUGGAUAAUAUACGUACAUCUAGUUUUUGUAUACAUAUUCAAUAAAAGAAGAGCAGUUACAGCUUUAUAGCAGAAUAUAACAGACUAUUCAUUGUGAAGAAUAUACAGUAUAUAAAAUAAACCAAAAGGAGGAAAAAAAUAUCGAUUAAUACAAAUUCCCCCCCCCCCACACACACACACACACACACACAUAUAAUUAAAAUAUUAAGUGGCCUUGGGUCCCUUAUUAAUAUUUUGUAAAUGCGCUAUAACACUUUUUAAUAUUUGAUCCCAAUAUAAGACUUAUUUUUCGCUUUGGGGUGGGGGAAGGCUGAAAAAGAUGUCGCUAUAUUUGAGGUCCACCAACAGGUGGUGCCAAAUGACUUGUUUCCAAGCUGGUCAGAGCUUUUUUUCCUGUCACACACACACAUACACACACCAGUGACCUGGAGCGAGAACUACAACACCGGUUGGAAAGAAAGUGAUACGGUGCAAAUUUUAAGAUUGUUAUUUCAAUUAUAUUUUAAAAAUAUUUUAUAAAAUAUUAAUAAAACUCUUAAAUGUGAUAUAUUUGGGUCAGUAGGUAAUUAUCUCACUACUAUACCUACUAUGCUACAGUGUACCGUGUAUGUAUGCUGUUGACUACAGCCAGUAGUAUGUUGCGAUCGGGUAAACUCGUAAUUAGACAAGUGAACAGUACAUUUAUUUUCGUACUUAAAACAGUCUGAGCCCUUCGGCUGUCUGUGUUAAAAUAAUGACGGAUGCGUCAAAAACGUAACGAAAAAUGUUUUAAUUAACAAAAGGAGCCAGAGAUAACCGAUGUCGACAUGAAACUUUUUUUUUGUAAAUAUGACACACCGGCCAUUUAAAGACAUUGAAUGACGUCAUCUGGGAGCGCCCACUACUACUACCAGGAAGUGCGCCACGUCACAGCACAGACGCAAACAACACCCAUGGUGGUGUGGAUCAGGCUAUUCAAAAACCAUGCUUCAUUCCGAAUGUGAAUCAUGUUGCCCGACCUACUGGGGAACUUGUAAAAGACUUUGACUGUGACAGUACUUUAGUUCAGCCCGGGAAUUAAACCCUGUCGUCUGUUCUGUGUGGUGUUUUUAUCGGACUGAGGCCGUGUGACAUGCUGCUGGACGAGACUCCGCUGUUUGAGCCCUCUCUGCUUCAGGAGUUAGACUGGAGUGACAACAGCGUCUCUUUCUGCCCCCUCAUCUCCCCCUCCAACCCAGGGGAAGGCCUGGUGCUGAGGCCCCUCUGCACCGCUGACUUCAACAGGGGGUUCUUUAAGGUUUUAUCUCAGCUAACUGAGACGGGCGACGUCACAGCAGAGCAGUUCACAAAAAAGUUUGAGCACAUGAAGAAAACCGGUGACUACUAUGUGGUGGUGGUGGAGGACACACAUCUUGGGCAAAUAGUGGCCACAGCCACUUUGAUCACUGAGCACAAAUUCAUUCAUUCUUGUGCGAAGAGAGGCCGAGUGGAGGAGGUGGUGGUCAGUGACGUUUGCAGAGGAAAACAACUUGGAAAACUGUUAGUCUCCACACUUACUCUGCUCAGCAAAAAACUCAACUGCUACAAAAUCACACUGGAAUGUGCAUCCAAAAACGUGGCCUUCUACCAAAAAUUUGGCUACGCGUCUUCAGACGAGACGUACAUGCAGUGUCGCUUCUCCAACUGAGGACCUCAGCCGGUGUCAAUCCCACUUGGAUUUGGGUACCUGGUACCUGGACCGCGUCUACGCCGGCCAAGGAAUCACUUUGUGGUUUGGAUUGUGCAUUGUCGAGUCGUUUGAGGAGCGUCGUCCUGACUUCAGAGCAGGCGUGAACUAAAAACACAUGUCGAAGCCCCGACGCAGCCAUUGUGGUAACCAUGGCUACCUCCUGAAUGCAAAGCUCUGAAGAAAAGGAUAAUCAGUUACUGUAAAUGUUUUAUUUUGUUACAGUGAUGGCUGGCAUGUGGUGACAUAAAAUAUGAAUUGAAUUAGCCAGGCAUCUGCAGUUAGCGUUGAAUGUUCAUGCUGAUGUUCUUAAAGACAAUAAUUACAAAUAAUUUACCAUCCAAAGCAAGGAACCAAAGAGGCUUUGAAGUAUGAUUACAACACUAACCAGUACUUCAUUUUUUUUUUUUUUUGGGGGGGGGCUAAAAAAAAGAAAUCAACAAUGACACAAAUAAUCUUGCAUAUUUGUGAUAUUGGUAUAAAUCCUACAUAUGUUCAGUAAGUAAACACAAAGGUUCAGAUGCUGUGUGACAGACUGGAAGGGUGUAUGGAAGUGAACAUUUUCUACUUGGACCGCUGCAAUGAUCGCUUCUUGUGAUGGGACAUGAGUGCAAAAAUGAUAUUUGUAAAUUCAUAUUUAAUUUUUUUCCCCCCCUAUCUGGGCAACACAGGGACAUAGCCUAUUUAAUGUAAUUUAUUGCCACAUAUACUGUAUACAAUGCAGCAGUACAAUAAAAUAUCUCAUAUCAGUCUGUUUAUGUCACAUUAGUGAGGGACUGUAGUAGACAUUGUAUCACACCUGACAUAUUCUACACUUUUAAUGCAUCCCAAUAUACAACUUCUAGUGUAAAAUUGGUACGCUAAACACCGGGCCUGUCACGACAACAAAUUUUGUCCUAUAAAUUGUCAAUCCAUUAACAUUUUUUGAGACCAUUUUUAUUCAUUAAUUAUAUGGCAAAAUAAUGAGUACAUCGUAUCAAGAACAAUCAACUUUUAAUUUCUCAAGAGUAUUUAACAUUGUAAUUGGAAUGUCAAGAGCCUUUAAAUAAAUGAAACAAAAAAAGACCCCCCAAAAAAACUCGAUGAAAAUAAAAUGGAGUCUUGUCUUUUCUAGCAAAAACUGCACUUAAAUAAAAAUCACAAUAAGAAAAAAAACACUAAAAAACCACACACGCAGUUAUGUAGUGUAUUGUUAAACUAAUGUAGGGAGUCAUACCGUAUUUGAGCUGGACCACAUCUCUCUGGUGGCGGAGUAAAAUGCGAUCUUUGUGAUGUUCUUCAUCACGUCUUCUUUCACUGGGUUAUACAGUUCAGGAAUUGCUGUUUGCGACAUGUACAUGAAUACGUUAUCCCUGGCAAUUCGUACUGUUAAACAUUUCCCGAAAUGUUGGCUUUUCAACCAUAUCGAAAGGUUGCAUUUCUUUUGCAAUGUAUGUAGCGAGCGACACUGUCUGUGAGCAUGCGCUAUUUUGCGCUGUUUCGUUUUAUAUUUACUUUGCCGAUCAAAUGCCCCAGUAAGCGUUGACUGUCGGGACGAAGACUCUGCUGCACCGCUACACUGGAGCUGUGGCAUUCGGCUUAGAAACCAUGGCUUUUGAGCCUUCAUUCAUGUUAGCGUUUGCUUGCUAACUGCCAGCACUCUGUGCAUCCACUCACUAGUAGCCCCGUCUCCACGUAUUGGGGGACAAAGAGGCUGAAUGAUAUGAGAGGAGGGCUCGCGAUCUCUGUUCAUUCCACUAUAGAACCAAUGCGCGCAGACAUGCAGAGUGAACCCUCUUGUCAUCCAGCCAGUGUAGAACAGAGAGGCACCGAAAACAAACAGGCAUAUAUGCACAUGUCAAUUUAACGAGGCGGCAAAAUUAGACUUAGUUCUUUUUUUAAUCGUUUGAUUAAUCGAUUAUCCUGACAGGUCUACCAAACACUUAAGUGUUCCCAGCCUAUUCCAGCUGACUUUUGGCAAGAGGCUGGGUACACCCUGGCCUGGUCACAAAUGUCAACAUGUUCCAAAUGUCACUUGUGGAUGAACAAUUCCAUCUAAUAUGUAACUAUUUAAAUAUGAGGGAUGUACAGCUUGAACAAACGACACCAACAGGAGUCAGUCCAACUUUUUAUUAUGCAAUAACUUGUUAACUCUCCAUUCUGUACGAUCCAACAUUAAGCCGGAAGUUAGUUUGUCCUAACACACCAAAAUAAAGGCAUUAACUAUCCCUCACUCUCAGAUCCUAAAGUUCAUGCCACUUUCCCUUUUGCCCCCCCCCCCCCACUAAUUCAAGUAUCGAAAGUGCAUUAUUGCAAUACUGUCCCGCUGCAUAUGCAAAAUGCUUUAAAUACUAUAAAACUUGCAAAAGUCUCCCAUCAGUGCAUACACCUCAAGAAACAAAAAAGGUUAUCAAAUAUGCUUGUCCCGGUCAGACCUCUAUGUCUCAGACAUGAGUGGUCCCUCCCCCCCUUUCCCCAUUAGAAAAAAGAUUCAAAUAUCUACAUUUUUAAUCCUAUUAAAAAUGUCAAAACAAAAGGAGUGCAAUGCGCCACGUGGCUAAAUGUAAGCAAGGCUCAUCCAUUGUGUGCUGUUGCGACCUGCAUUGCUCCAAAGUCCUCGUCGUCUUCCAGGCUGCGCUUAAGGCUUCCUGUUCCAAGACAUUUGGACAAGUGCAUGUCAUGAACACUGUUUUGUCAAAUAAAUCCACGUUACAGUGAAUGGGGGAUUGUGUACAAACCUGGCAUGCCUGCUUGUAGGAAGGAGCGGCCCAGCUGCACGGGUGACAUCAUCUUAAUGGUGAGUUUGGCGAGGUAGAUCGCUUCAUACUCCUACAAAACAAACAGAUGACCACUGGCCUUGCCACACUUGCUAAUUCCACCGUCAGGAUACGUUACUUUUGUAGUCAUUUAAGGUUUUUGGAAAGUGUUGACAGUUUGUGUGAUUAACAGUACUUCAAAUCUCACCAUGGGCCAAAACCGGCAACAAAAACAGUGGAAUCGGCUGAAGUCAGUCCUGCUUAUGUCGCCAACGUGUUUGUCUAACAACUCAAGUCCUUGUCCACAGUGUUAUUAUUGUCAACAUACAGGGUUGACUGCUUUCGACAUUAAAAACUGGAUGAUUUUUAUGAAAAUGUUUCCAUAUGUGCCGACGUGAAGUAUUGUCACUAUCCCAGAAUUGUCAAAUCCCUGAAUCACAGCUCAGAACCAUACACAAUACAUUUGUCCCUCCUUUAUCGUGGUUAAUUGGUUCCAGACCUGACCGCGUUAAGUGAGUUCCCGCCAAUAGAAUUUAAUAUAUAUAUAUUUUAAUAAAACACAGAAAACCUGUUUAUGACUUUCUAAAUACAAUGUUUACCAUUAUUGGAGCCCUGUAGACAGGAAAUAAAACCCCUACAGUCACCUUUACAUUCCUAUUAUUCUUUGUUUACAAGUCAUUGCUUAACAGUAAUGCGCAGGCUACGGGAUCACUGCAGGGACAUAAGAGAUGGCCGCCGCUUUACACAUAGCAUGCUGCCGAGCUAACUAGUUAGCCUCCAAUUUCUUUAGAAUAACUUAUGAAAGGGUUUCAAACGGAGUGAGGAAGAAGGACAAAGUAGUAAGAAGCCAAAAACCUACCACUUCCACACGGAAUGGGAGGAGAACACGCUGACUCCAUGCAGUGUUAGGGUAAUGUUAUGUCAUGUCUCAUCAAUGUAACAUUCCUGAUGCCAAAUGACCAGAAUACUACGUAUAACUUGUCUUUCAAUAUGUUUGUAUGUAUGACAAACAAUAGGCCAUAGUCAACCAUGAAACAGUGAUCGUUUAUUAAUACAUUUUUGAAAAAACGCAAUAGAGUCAGGGAGCGAUGUUCGAACCGUGACUGCUUUCUCUACAUAAAAUAUGAGACCCAAAACGAUCAUUUUUCUGAAAAUUGUUCCAAAUGUGUUGACGUGUUAAGUAUUGUCAAUAUCCCAGAAUUGCCCAAUCCCUGAAUCACUGAUCAGAACCAUUAACGAUAAUCCUGUCGUGGCAGUAUUAUCUGAAAAUAGAAGGUUUUAUCAAAAUUAAAAUAUGCACAAAUAGAGAAAAACUAUGUCAACAAACUGCUGUAGGCUCAAAAAUCCUUUAUCGCCAAUUUUCCUCAUGUCUCUGGCCAAAGUGAAUGUAAAUGUGCAAGCAAUGGUGAGUUUCAGUUUCAGCUAUGUUAACAACCGCCGAUGCUGAUGUCACUAAAUGAGUCCAAGGGGUGUUGAUAAGCAGAUUCCUCUGUAUAAGACAUGUUUUGUCAAAUGGUGAAUGAAACUGCAAUUUACCACUCAGUACAGCAACCACACCAAUUGUCCUUUUGUUCACUUAUGUAUGAGAAUGCAUAAGAGAAAUUUAGAAGACAUCCAGCGGAUACAAUGUGGUUGUAUGCUAUUAUUUCUAUGCGCAAAGUACUCUGUGCAGCACUAAUAUCGCCAAGCCUCGGUAGGUUUAUCCUUAUAGCACACAUAGAAACUUGAAAAUGAAUACAUGGUAUUUUAGGGACGAACGUAGCAUCCGCAUCUUUUGCCCUUGCUGCUCAGUACAAUGUGUCCAGUGUCCACAAUCAUCACGUGAGUGCACACAUUGUUUCAACACAGUGGCUACCACUCUUGCCAAUUCAUUCAAUUCAAAGCCAACUUCUCAAAAGUUUUCAGCUCACCUGAAGCUGAUGCACAAAUCCCACAUUGGGGUUAAUGCAGAACCUCCUCUCCUGGAUGUGGCUGAACGCAUCCCUGGAGGGAACACAGAUGUCAACAACUAACAUAUUUCACAGCUGUGCUACUUCCUUUUGGCAAAAUUUGACAUUUACAUUAGUUCUAAAAUUUCUAAGUCUGGUCUGAAAUUGUGAUUUGUCUCCACUCACCAUGAUGAGUAUACGUUGGGGUGUGUGCCUUUAAGUAAGUACUGCAUUUAAAUAGCACUUGCAUAAAAAAUAAGCUUAAAAACUCACCUGUAUUUCAUUCCAAAUGUCUCCAUUAGGUAUGCAAUCACUAAGGCAGCACUGAAAGUGGAAAAGUACAUUUUGUAGUAAUUUUACCGAUUAUACUUAUUAUCAGAAUUAUAUUACCAAUUUUUAAAAUUACCUAACUUGUGUUAGCAGAACACCCCCAGAAUAUUUAGUACAGUGGAACCUUUAGGGUUGAAUCAAUCAGUUUCGUGGAUGCUAGCUGGAUUUUAAUCCAAUUGUUCCCCUAGGAAUCUAUAGGAAUUUACCACAGCUGACAAAGCUGCAAUGGAGUAAGUGUUGUUUAAAGAAAAAAACAAUGAAGAAAAAGCAAAAAAAAUAAAAAGUUCAUCCUUUGAAGUUGUACGAGUCAUGCAGACCGUGUUUCGAGGCAUGUUUUUCCACAAAAUGAUUGGUACCACUGCAUACGAAUUCAAACAAUACAUCACUUCAUGCAGGUGAACUGUGUCAACAAAGUGAAGCAAUACUGAAACAAAGUACCUUCUUGAGAUCCCUGCAUUACCAUGAACCAGUACCUUCCCUAAAGGACAACAUGUGUUAUAAGAUUAAAAAAAACAAAAAAACAACGGAAACACACUUUUGGUGCUGUGAUAUGAGUAUGUUGACCUUACC